AUGGGGAAAAAUGCAGUCAAAACUGAGCAAUGGUUCAAAAAGUGUUACCGGAACUCUGUUCCAUCAAUUACAACCAUUAAACGAUGGUUUGCUGAAUUCAAAUGCGGUCGUACUGACACCGAUGAUGCUGAGCGAUCUGGAAGGCCAAAUGAUGCAGUUAUUCCCGAAAACAUCGAAGAAAUGCUAACAAUUAGCAUGGAAAACCCAAAAGUGAAGUUACAAGAGAUAGCUGAUACUCUAAAGAUUUUGGUAUCAGAAAGCUCUUUUCCAAAUGGGUACCACGUGUUCCCACGCCAGAGCAAAACAACAGGGAAUUGA